AUGACGGCAGCAGUAAUGAUUGUGACAGCGAUUAAUGGAGUUGUCAAUUCCCACCUCCGAGUUCGAAUCUUGGAUUUUGACCCACUCACUCCUUUCAAAGACAUAAAGGCCAAUCUUGUGGGUCGUUUGGUGGCAAUUCAAGGCACGAUCAUUCGAGUGGGUGGGAUUCGCUCGAUGGUGAUGAAAAUGAACUUUGAAUGUGUUCAGUGCUCGGCUGUGAUGCAGACCUUUGUUGAUGGGAAGUACCAGGUUCCUUCUCGCUGCGGGAAUCACGGCUGUCGAAGCCAAACGUUCCGUCCACAGCGUCAAUCCGCCAUUACCCAAGAUUGGCAAGUGAUCAACAGGCUUCAAGAAGUCGGUGAAACCGAUGCUGUGGAUUCGGGGCGAAUUCCGCGAACUCUCGAAGUUCAUUUACUCGGCGACCUCGUAGACGAUGUAACUCCCGGAGAACUCGUAACCAUCACCGGUGUCGUGAAGACGAUGACCGUGGAGAAACCGUUCGGGAACCGCAGUUCUUCGAAAUCGAGUUUGUUUUUGUUGUAUGUGUCUGCGAAUAGUAUUAGUGUGAAACGGAACGAAAUGAACAACUCGUCCUUUGAUCGGUUUUCCGAGCUGGACAUGAAAGCUUUCAAUUUCAUCGCGUCCCAACCCAAUCUUUUCAACCUCUUAGUCCACUCGGUGUGUCCGUCAAUCUACGGACAAGAACUCGUCAAAGCGGGCAUUUUGUUGUGUCUCGCAGGAGGCGUGUCGAUGGAGAACCGCCGAGGAAACAUUCAUGUAUUGAUGGUGGGCGAUCCAGGCCUUGGAAAGAGCCAAUUGCUCCGUGCAGCGUCCGCGUUGAGUCCGCGCGGCGUGUUUGUGUGUGGAAACACGGCGUCCGGAAGCGGACUGACCGUCACUAUGGCGAAAGACAAAAUCACGGGGGAUUCGUGCUUGGAAGCGGGAGCGUUGGUGCUAAGCGAUGGAGGACUGUGCUGCAUCGACGAAUUCGACAAAAUGGGAGGCGAGAAGCAAGUUUUAUUAGAAGCCAUGGAGCAGCAAACCGUCUCCAUCGCCAAAGCUGGCAUUGUCUGCACGCUUUCCUCGCGUGUGUCCAUUCUCGCCGCCGCCAAUCCUUCUGGCGGGCAUUAUAACCGCGGGAAAACCGUAUCAGAGAAUAUCAAAAUGCCGCCUGGACUGUUAAGUCGAUUCGACUUGACGUUUUUGCUCCUCGACACUCCCGAUGAGGAGAAGGAUCGAAUGCUCUCCGAACACAUCAUGAAAAUGUACGCAGCCGACGGAGAGGCCGUCGAUUCCCUCGCUCACGCCGCCGCAGCUCCGUCGUUUUCGAUGCAGGACGAUUCCUCCAUUUCGCUUCGACUUCGUCGCGGGGCGGCCGAUGUAACGGACCCCAUUCCCGCGGUUCUUCUUCGCAAAUACCUGGCGUUUGUGCACCAAACGGUGAAUCCUCGUCUGACCUCGGAAGCAGCGCGCGUUUUGAAGUCGUUCUACUUGUCGCUUCGCGAUCAGUACGGCGACGACGAAGCGAUUCCGAUCACCAUGCGUCAUCUGGAGAGUUUGGUGCGACUUUCGCAAGCUCGUGCGCGUUUGGAGUGUCGAACGGAAGUGUCUGUGGAGGACGCGAAGGACAUUAUUGAUAUUAUGAAGGAGAGUUUGUUCGAAGUGCUGAGCGAUGAGAUGGGGAUGGUGGAUUUCCAGCGAACGACGGGGAUGAGCAAGACGAAACAAGUGAAAUUGUUCGUGGCGGCGUUGACGAAGGAGGCGGAACGGAGGUCGAAUGCGUUGUUUAGCGUGCGGGAAAUGAUGGAGGUGGCGAGUCGGAAUCGCAUUUUUGUGGAGGAUUUUAUGGAUUUUGUGGAUGUGUUGAAUCAGCAAGCGUUUAUUUUGAAGAAGGGAGGGCAGAUGUAUCAAGUGCAGACAAGUCGUUAUUCACAAAUGAGAUAA